AUGGUUCUGGUGUUUUCACAGUCCUGCAUUUGGUAUGGAGAGUGUGGAAUUGCAUCUGGAGAUAAAAGGUACAACUGCAAAUACUCUGGACCUCCAAAACCACUGCCAAAGGAUGGGUACAACUUAGUGCAGGAGCUCUGUCCAGGAUUCUUCUAUGACAACGUCAGCCUCUGUUGCAAUGUUCAGCAGCUACAGACACUGAAAGACAAUCUGCAGCUGCCUCUGCAGUUUCUGUCCAGAUGUCCAUCCUGCUUUUAUAACCUAAUAAACCUAUUUUGUGAGCUGACCUGUAGCCCUCGUCAGAGCCAGUUUCUGAAUAUUACAGCAACUGAAGAUUACAUUGAUCCUGAUACAAACCAGACAAAAACAAACGUGAAAGAGUUACAGUACUAUGUCGGACAGAGUUUUGCCAAUGCAAUGUACAAUGCCUGUCGGGAUGUGGAGGCCCCGUCAAGUAACGAGAAGGCCCUCGGGUUGCUUUGUGGGAGGGACGCCGACACCUGCAAUGCCACCAACUGGAUUGAGUACAUGUUCAAUAAGGACAAUGGACAGGCACCGUUCACAAUCACUCCUGUGUUUUCAGAUCUUCCCAUCCUUGGCAUGGAGCCCAUGACAAACGCCACGAAAGGCUGCAACGAGUCUGUAGACGAGGUCACGGGGCCCUGCAGCUGCCAGGACUGCUCCAUCGUCUGUGGCCCAAAGCCCCAGCCGCCGCCCCCACCUGUCCCUUGGCGGCUCUUUGGCUGGGACGCCAUGUAUGUCAUCAUGUGGGUCACCUACAUGGUGUUUUUGUUGUUAUUUUUUGGAGCAUUUUUUGCAGUGUGGUGCUACAGAAAACGAUACUUUAUCUCAGAGUACACACCCAUCGACAGCAAUGUGGCCCUUGGUGAGGACGCCAGUGACAAAGGAGAGACGUCCUGUAACCCUCUGGGUGCCUCCUUUGAGGACUGUCUGAGGCAUCUCUUCACACGGUGGGGGGCUUUCUGCGUACGAAACCCCGGCUGCGUCAUUUUCUUCUCCCUGGUCCUCAUCGCCACAUGCUCUUCAGGCCUGGUGUUUGUCCGGGUCACCACCAACCCAGUGGACCUCUGGUCAGCCCCCAACAGCCAGGCCCGCCUGGAGAAGGAGUACUUUGAUACGCACUUUGGGCCCUUCUUCCGGACCGAGCAGCUCAUCAUCCAGGCCCCGAACACCAGCAAACACUCGUACUCCCCGUACCCAUCCGGAGCCGAUGUGUCCUUUGGACCUCCACUGGACAAAGAGAUCUUGCACCAGGUUCUGGAUUUACAAAUAGCCAUUGAAAACAUUGUUGCCUAUUAUAACAAUGAGACUGUGACACUUCAGGACAUCUGCCUGGCCCCUCUUUCACCAUAUAACAAGAACUGCACCAUCUUGAGUGUUUUAAAUUACUUCCAGAACAGCCAUGCUAUACUGGACCAUGAAGUAGGGGACGACUUCUAUGUGUAUGCUGACUACCACACGCACUUCCUGUAUUGUGUCCGGGCUCCUGCCUCUCUGAAUGACACAAGCCUGCUCCAUGACCCCUGCCUGGGGACGUUUGGAGGACCAGUGUUCCCGUGGCUUGUGCUGGGAGGCUAUGACGAUCAAAACUACAAUAAUGCCACUGCCCUUGUGAUUACCUUCCCCGUCAGUAACUACUAUGAUGAUCUAGAGAAGCUGCAGCGGGCCCAGGCCUGGGAGAAAGAGUUCAUUCACUUUGUGAGGAACUACAAGAAUCCAAAUCUGACCAUUGCUUUCACUUCUGAGCGAAGCAUUGAGGAUGAGCUGAACCGAGAGAGUAACAGCGAUGUCUUCACGAUUGCCGUCAGCUAUGCCGUCAUGUUUCUGUACAUCUCCCUGGCCUUGGGCCACAUCAGAGGCUGCUGCCGGUUUCUGGUUGACUCUAAAAUCUCCCUGGGCAUCGUGGGGAUCCUGAUUGUACUGAGCUCAGUUGCCUGCUCCCUGGGCAUCUUCAGCUACGUCGGGAUCCCACUGACGCUCAUAGUGAUUGAGGUCAUCCCGUUCCUGGUGCUGGCUGUAGGGGUGGACAACAUCUUCAUCCUGGUGCAGACCUACCAGCGAGAUGAGCGUCUUCAGGGAGAAACCCUCGAUCAGCACCUGGGCAGGGUCCUAGGAGAAGUGGCUCCUAGCAUGUUCCUGUCCUCCUUCUGCGAGACUACAGCAUUUUUCUUAGGAGGACUGUCCUCAAUGCCAGCUGUGCACACCUUCUCCCUCUUUGCGGGGCUGGCCGUCUUCAUCGACUUCCUCCUUCAGAUGACCUGUUUUGUGAGUCUCUUGGGCCUGGACAUUAAACGUCAAGAGAAAAACCGGCUGGACAUCCUCUGCUGUGUCAAAGGUGCUAAUGAUGGGAGGAGCGUGUUGGCCUCAGAAAGCUGCCUGUUUCGCUUCUUCAAAAACUCAUACUCUCCACUUCUGCUGAAAGAUUGGAUGCGGCCACUUGUGAUUGCCGUAUUUGUGGGUGUCCUUUCAUUCAGUAUCGCAGUCCUGCACAAAGUAGAAAUUGGAUUGGAGCAGUCUCUUUCCAUGCCAGAUGACUCCUAUGUCAUAGAUUACUUUAGGUCCCUGGGUCAGUACCUGCACUCAGGGCCCCCUGUGUACUUCGUCCUGGAAGACGGGCAUGACUAUACCUCCCUGCAUGGGCAGAACAUGGUGUGUGGUGGUAUGGGCUGUGACAACGACUCGCUAGUGCAGCAGGUCUUCAAUGCCGCCCAGCUGGACAACUAUACCCGGAUCGGCUUUGCUCCCUCAUCCUGGAUUGACGAUUACUUUGACUGGGUGAAGCCGCAGUCCUCCUGCUGUAGAGUCUAUAACGCCACUAAGCAGUUCUGCAACGCAUCAGUGGUGGACCCUACCUGCAUCCACUGCAGGUCUCUGACUCCAGAGGGCAAACAGAGGCCUCAGGGUGGAGACUUCAUGAGAUUCCUGCCCAUGUUCCUUUCUGAUAACCCUAACCCCAAGUGUGGCAAGGGGGGACAUGCUGCCUACAGCUCAGCGGUGAACCUCAACAACAACACGGGCGUCGGUGCCACGUACUUCAUGACGUACCACACUGUGCUUCGGAACUCCGCUGACUACAUCGAUGCACUGAGGAAAGCCCGGCUCGUGGCCAGCAACAUCACCAGAAGCAUGGGUGCAAAAGGCAGCAACUACCGUGUGUUCCCGUACAGUGUGUUCUACGUCUUCUACGAGCAGUACCUGACCAUCAUCGAGGACACCAUUUUCAACCUCGGCAUGUCCCUGGGAUCCAUAUUCCUGGUGACCAUGGUGGUCCUGGGCUGUGAGCUGUGGUCUGCCAUCAUCAUGUGUGCCACCAUCGCCAUGAUCCUGGUCAACAUGUUCGGCGUCAUGUGGCUGUGGGGCAUCAGUCUGAAUGCAGUCUCUCUGGUCAACUUGGUGAUGAGCUGUGGCAUUUCCGUGGAGUUCUGCAGCCACAUAACCAGAGCGUUCACAGUGAGCUGCAGGAGACGCCGCGUGGACCGUGCACAAGAAGCUCUGGCUCAUAUGGGCAGCUCCAUAUUCAGUGGAAUCACCCUUACGAAGUUUGGAGGAAUUGUAGUGUUGGCUUUUGCCAAAUCUCAAAUUUUCCAGAUAUUUUACUUCCGGAUGUAUUUAGCUAUGGUCUUACUGGGAGCCACACAUGGACUAGUAUUUCUCCCCGUCCUCCUCAGUUAUAUAGGACCAUCAGUAAAUAAAGCUAAAAUUCGUGCCACUAGAGAGCGAUACAGAGGCACAGAGCGAGAUCGACUCCUGAAUUUCUAGCUCUCUGGCGGGGCCUGGUGACUCUGAACUGUGUCUGAGGGUCGGGCUGUUGCCCCCCAGGGCAGUAGCCCAGUGUCUGGCUGAGCUGACCGCUGCAGGUGUCGAGAUGUCAGCCCACUCACUGCAGCGCCACCACCGUGCUUGUAAACUCAGGAAUGCGUUUGUCACCGGUGAAGCAGUAUUAGUAAAAUCUGAAGGCGAUCAUGGAACACAGAUUUCCCCCGUACCCCAUUUCUUCAAGAAAGAAACCUCGUCUUCUGCAAAAGGACACUUGGGAUGGCUGGGCACAAGAUCUGCCCUCCCUAAAGGCC